AUGUUGCCUGCCGUCAAACACCCGCUAAGGGGUGUCGGCAUGCGGCCUUUCCUGCGGCCGCGCCUAGCGCCAUUCGCAGCAUCACGGCAAUGCGGCCUUCGCCCAACCGCAGGUCUUCGUUUCGCGGCGAGUACUCCGCCGCCGCCUCCGACGACUCCACCCCCGCCACCCAAUACUCCCCCUCCCCCGUCCGACCCCCCUCCUCCUCCGUCAGACCCCCUGCCUGCAGCCGACACGCCAAAGGACGCACCAGUCGACCCCACCGAACACCCUGCUGAUCACACCCAUAGCGACGCCCACGUGCCUGAGGGCUUCGACGAGGGCUCGGCAGGGGUGGUGCAGCGCGAGCAUUCCUCGAUCUUUAUCUCGCAGGUCCUACCGAUCCGGCUCGGGUCGUUAGACCCGCGGCCAUGGGUCGCCGCGUGGUUCGAAGAGGCGCUCCUGGCCAACCUCGUGACCAUCACAAGCGAGCUGAAGGGACGGUACGCGUUCCGGGUUGAGAGCUGGGAAGUGGCGCGCAAGGACGGCGGUGUGUUCUGUCACUUCUCUUACGUCGCACCCGCGGUGGACCAGCUGCCACGCAAGGCGUUUGUCAACGACUUCCACACGCCCGAGGAGGCGAUUCCCGACCCCAUCUCGGCCUCCGCACUGUUCCUCCCUCUCUUCAUCGAGGCCGCUCACAAGCACGGCGGUUGGCCGACGUGGAUCGGUCCGUGGUGGUCGUCGCUCGUGGACGGGAAGGGGAUGAACCGCCGCGCGUCGGCGUGCUCAAACGAGGCUGGCCACUACCUCUUCUCUGGCGACCUCGCCCCGCCCAAGGGCGGCGCGGACGGACAAUCCCCCGAGCUGCGUGGGUGGCAGCGCACGGCUGGCGCCGGGCGCGUGUGGAUGGUCCGCGGACGGCAGUGGACCGAGGACAUGAACCGCUUCCCGAGCUCGCGCCUACGCGUGGAGUUUGAUGGACCCGACGUGUCCCAGGAGGUGCUGUAUACACUAUUCCGACCGUACGGGCGCAUCUUCAACAUUAUUCCGCCGACUCCUGUCCCUGCUGGCCAGCUGAGGUCGGCACUGGUUAUGUUCAGAAGAGUCUCGACGGCUGUCAACGCCAACAAUUCGCUACAUGGGUUCCUCACGCCGACCAAGUCGGCCGACUAUGAGGGCCAAAGUCCCGCUGCGCCACUCUCUCGUCUGAGAAUCUACUUUGAGCGUCCGCUUAAGGCGCACUACUUCCGCGACUGGGUGUCGAACCACCCACGCAUUGCGCUACCAGUACUCGCGUUCCUCAUCGGCAUGUUCAGCUACACGUUCUUUGACCCGAUCCGCGAGUUCUUCGUCAAGGCCCGCAUCGAGGGCAUUUGGGACCUCCAGCAGUACCCGGUGGUGCAGUUUAUCAGAGACAACUUUGUGAUGCCGGUCAAGAACACGCUGUUGCCGUCCAGGAUGUCGCGUUGGAAGCGCAACGUUGACGACCUGGGACGUGCGUCGUUCCGCGACAGAGUCGAGGCCGAGCGCAGCGUCGAGCACUGGCUCACCGAGUUCCCGUCCACGUUUAUCGUCGUCACUGGUCCUCCUGGGAGUGGCAAGCACGACCUUGUUGAUCGUGUGCUCAAGGAUUCGAAGAAGCCGAGCCUCGUCAUCGACUGCGGCGAGGUCGGGAAGGCCAAGUCGGACUCGUCGCUGGUGGAUGGGCUUGCUGGCCAGACAGGGUACUGGCCCGUGUUCUCGUUCCUGCAAAACAUCAACGGGCUGAUCGACCUCGCGUCGGUCGGUCUGAUCGGGCAGAAGUCGGGCUUCUCGACUCCUGCCGACCAGCAGAUGCGCAAUAUCCUUGACAUUGUCGCCAAUGCGCUCAAGGAGGUGUCGAGCCACGCGAAGGAGGACCGCGUUGCCGCGGAGCAGCACGAGCGCAACAAAGUCAGCCUCGCGGCCGACCGCGAGAAGCGGCAGCGCAUGGUUGAGCAGGGGGUGUGGCAUGAUGGGCGGAUCGACUGCGUAGCCGGCAACGGGCCCAUCAGCGAGCUCGGGUUCGGCAUUGAGGAGAUGACCGAGAACGACGUGUCAGGCGUGGCGCCGUUGCUGGGUUCGACUGCACCGAUUGCAGGUGAGGGCGUCCCACCUACGGGCUCCAGCAUCGCGUUCGACAAGGAGGUCAAGGCAGCAACGCAGUCGGACAUGCCCGAUGCGGAUGACGACAGCGACGCCGAGCUGAUCAAGACGCUUCCCGUCGUCGUGCUGCGCAACUUUGCCUUCAAGCCCGCACGCGGCGAGCUGUGGAGCGUCUUAGCCGAGUGGGGCGCGUCGCUAAUUGAGAACAAAGUGGCGCAUGUGAUCGUCGUCGGCGAGGGCAGCGUUGCGGGCAAGACGCUCACGGCUGCUCUGCCAUCCAAGCCGCUCAACCAGGUCAACCUCUCAGACGCGGACGACUACAACGCUCUCGAGUUUGUGCGCGAGAAGCUCUCUACUGAGGGUCACCCAGUCGAGCUCACAGCCGAGGAGACGGCCGACGUGGCCAAGCUCGGUGGACGCAUGGUCGACCUCGAGUUGCUCGUGUACAAGGUGCGCAAUGGACAGAAACUGACCGCGGCCGUCGACGACAUUGUGCUGCGCAACGCCGUUGAGAUCCGCAAGACGGCCUUCGGCGACGACAGUGAGGAAGCCAAGGCGCUCCCCUGGACCCGCGCGCAGGCAUGGAAGGUUGUCAGUUCGCUGGCCAGGAACCCUGAGAUGGGCUACGCGCAGCUCCUCUCCGAGUUCCCCUUCAAGGGCGCCGACACAUGUCUUAAGGCGAUGGAGGAGCACGGCCUCAUCUUCAUCACGGCGUCCACGGGCGGCCGCACCUGCCCCUCAAUGGUUAAGCCCGGCAAGCCCGUGUUCCGGGAGAGCUUUAAAUCACUUGUGGACGAGCCCAUCUUCCAAGCCAUGUGCCAGAUCGAGUACAAUGCCGCCGUGAUCAAGAAAGCCGAGGCGGACAUUGCGGGAUACGAAACCGAGCUCGCGCAGCUCAAGAGCAUCGCGAGUGAUGGCGACCGCCUCAAUGUCGCGACGGCGGGAUGGUUUGGCACUGGCAGCUCGGUCCACCAGCGCGCGCAGUACCUCGCUGAAUCGCUUGGAAAGUGCAUGGACAAGAUCCGUAAGGCUGAGGCCGACAGCGCAGAGCAGCUCAAGGCGUUCAAUGUGGACCCGAAGAGGCGCAAAUGA